ACAUUUCUUACCAUAUCCUCUUAUUUCAGAUAAUUUGAGUUCAGGCUUGGUAUCCUCAGACAAGUUGCAGAGCCAGGAAGCCAUGUUAUGUCCUGCCAGAUGUCACUCGAUGACCCGAAAUUUGUGCCUUCGCAUGGACAAACCCCAGUUUCCACAAGAAGAGGAAUAGGAAGGGGAUCAAGUGCCAUGGAGCUCUCCGGGACUCGAGGGCAGGAGAGGGGCAGACGUGGGAGAGGAGGCCACUCUCAGCAUCCUCUUCCCUUCAACUGGACUGCCCACCCAGAGGGGCCAAGUCACAUCCUCACCGGACGUGAUCGAACUUCACUCGUUGCACAUCGACCCGACAUCGAUGACCCAAAUGCCUUCCCUUCUUUGGGUGGAGAUAGUGCACCAGCCAAUAUGCCAUCUUUCCAGCAUUCCUUUGCUACUGCCCUGAAAGCUCCAAAACCAGAGCCAAGCCAAGAUGUGCCUCUGGAACAUCAGAGUCCCACAAAACAGGUUGCUGGUGGCUCAACAACUAUAAAUCAACUAACAUGGCAGCAGCAAGGGCUUGGGAAGGUGAAGAGAAAAAAACAGCUUAAAGAAGAAAGGAUGACUGCCAAGAUCUCCAAUUUAAGAUACAAGGCCAUUCUCCUCGCCCUGUCCCAAUCAACCGGACUUCAUUGCCACGGGGACGAGGUCGUGUUCUUGCAGGACAUGAUCGAACUUCAGGCAUCUCAGGACAUUCCUCAGCAGAAGGAGAGAGCAAAGAGAAGGAAGCAGAAGAAGAAAGAAGAGAAAAUCCUAGCCAAGAGGACUAAGGAGCGUGGGGCCAAAUUCCUCCAAGUUCUCAGCCAAGAAAAGUAUGAGAAAUUGCAGGGGGGAAAGCAUGGGACUCCCCAGGAACAGCAACAGUUUCUUGGAUUCUUCGAAUUGGAUAGUUUCCCCCAACUGGGCCAGAGUUUUGACGUGAAAUUAGAGGAGGAAAUAAAGUCUUUGCAUAUUGCUGAAGUUCAUCCUCCAGAUGUGGUGAAUGAACCUGCAUUGGACAUUGUUCCUGUUCCUGUGGCUGGAGCCACAAGUGCAACAGCAGCAGAGAAGCAGAAGCACCCCAAGAGAAAGGAUCCCAUCAACCUUGACCUCUUCUCCUUAGUCCAGAGCACAGCAAGCAAGCUGAAAACAAAGCAGAAGAAGGAGAGAGAUGGGAAGGUGUCAACCAAGGAGCGGGGGAAUGCUAUUCGAGUGGCGAACAUUCUGGACUCUGCUCCUCCAAAAGUGCGUCGAGGGAAAGAGCGCCUCAAGCCCAAGCGCAAGAAGCCCUCUGUCCUCAAGCGCAUCAUACUCAAUGAGCGACAGCGCAAAAAGCUUCUCCGGGAGCUCGAUGCUUUGGGAAAGGCAGGAAAUCAUGCCACAGAAUUGACAGUUCAUGAGCCACCCAAGGCAAUAACAGAAUGUACAGGUGAUAAUCCUCCUAUGGUUACUACAGAAGCUAUUGGUGAUGAGCCACUUGAGGAUGCCACAGAAUCCACUGGUGGUAAACAUUGUGAGACAGAAUCGGUUUCAGAAAUAAAGUCCAGCUGUGAUGUGACACCUGUGAUGGAGCCUACUGAGGAAGAGAAAUCCUCUUUGUGUGCCAAGACCUAUCUCCACUCCAGAAAGUUCAGGGAUUAUUGCACUCAUUUCCUGAGUGAGGAGCUCAACAGCCUGGCAGUGAAGAUGAUCCAAGACCUGAUUCGGUUCCAGGAUCGCCUUCACGCUCGAGAUCCGGUGAAGGCCCGAGCUAGGCGACGCAUGGUCUAUGGGUUCAGAGAAAUUCUCAAGUAUCUCGAUCUCCGAAAAGUCAAGUGUGUCUUUGUGGCACCAGACAUUGAACCUGUCAAGGCAAAAGGAGGCCUGAAUGAUGUGGUAUGGAGCAUCAGACAGAAGGCAGAGGAGCAAGGAGCUGCAUGCAUUUUUAUCCUGAACCGCUACAGGCUUGGCAAGGUCUGCCUCAAGAAGGUCCCUGUCAGUGCUGUUGCUGUGCUUGAUCAUCAAGGCACUGAGGAGACUUUCCAGAAACUCUUGAGCAUGGUUGAUGUUGAGACAUCUCGCUAUUCCAAACGCCUCAAAGAGCUCUCUGGUGACCUGGACAGGGAAAUCAUCAAGUCCAACUUACCUCAAAAUGAGAGUGAGGAGGAGGCCUUGAGAUCCAACAUCAACAAUAGUCUCCUGCUGAAACUUGCAAAAGAGAUCCAGAGUCUGCAAAUCCCGGAGGAAUCUUCAUGACAUCCUUUAACCAGGUCGGAUGUCGAUGAUGGCAUUGGAGGCGAGAUUGAGUCGCUUGAUCCUCUGCAUCCCGAGCCCCAAGUCCCUGGUGAGCACCGGGAUCACGUUAUGACUCAGGUCCACUUCUUCGAGGCGGUACGGGAUGUAACGGUGGUGUGGGAACGUUUUCGGUGCUACGAACCCGACCUGGUUGUGGCUCAGGUUCACCUGCAUGCAUAU